UUGCGACGAAACGUUUUGAAACAGCGCCAUGAAUAAAUCACUGAUGUUUCAGUUUAUUAAGAAGGGACAAAGAGGAUAUAUUGGAUAUUAUCUGUGUCGCUUUUAUUAGAACAUUAAUUAAAACAUAGGCCCAUAUCCUCCUUUAUUAGAAUAACCUACACUGACUGAGUCACCGCCUCUGUGGACUUCGAACUCGUAUUACACCUGUCUUCACAACAAGGAAGUAUUGAGUCCUUCGUUCUUACCUUUUGAAAGGAAGCCAUUUCUCAUAGCAAGCUCACUGGUAAUGGUAUUCGAUAACAUCAGCUAACUCGUCUUUAUUUCUAUUAAUUAUUCCAGUCCAAAUGUAUUUUUGAGAAACGGCACGAUUUUCACCCCUCCGUUCCAUUUGAAGUCUAUUUCGCUCAAUGUGGAUAUACCAGUAACGGUAGGUCAAGGCCAUCGAGUCUACAGACCGCUAAGAUGAACAGCUCAGCAAAGGAGAUGGCGAUGGACUCGGAGGUCCCCCAAAAUGAGUCUCUGAUACGUUUCGCAUCUCCAGUUCUUAACAAGUCAGACAUAUCCAACAUGACAAUAAUUCAAACAGGGAAUGGGACUAUUGUGGCACACGAUAUCUUCUUGAAUACGACUGCUGCUCAAGCUCUGUCGGGGAUCUUUGUCUGGUCAGCACUGCUCCUCACUUGCCACCAGAUCUACACACAUCUGAGGUCCUACACAGUCCCUAACGAGCAGCGCUACAUCAUUCGCAUUCUUUUCAUCGUGCCAAUCUAUGCGUUCGACUCCUGGCUCAGCCUGCUCUUCAUCAGCAACGACCAGUACUAUGUCUACUUUGACUCCGUCCGAGACUGUUAUGAAGCAUUUGUGAUUUACAACUUCCUGAGCCUGUCCUUUGAGUACCUCGGGGGAGAGAGUGCCAUCAUGUCCGAGAUCCGAGGGAAGUCCAUUGAGUCGAGCUGUAUGUAUGGUACCUGCUGCUUAGGUGGAAUAAGCUACUCUAUUGGCUUUUUAAGAUUCUGUAAACAGGCCACUCUUCAGUUCUGUGUCGUCAAACCCAUCAUGGCCGUCAUCACCAUCCUCCUGCAGGCCUUUGGCAAAUAUCAUGACGGAGACUUUAAUGUGAACGGAGGAUACCUCUACAUCACCAUCAUCUACAACAUCUCUGUCAGCCUGGCCCUGUACGCUCUCUUCCUCUUCUUCUUCGCUACCAGUGACCUGCUGAGGCCUUAUGAACCCGUGCUCAAAUUCCUCACCAUCAAAUCUGUCAUCUUCCUGUCCUUCUGGCAGGGUAUGUUGCUGGCCAUCCUGGAGCGCUGUGGGGUCAUCCCUAACGCCCUGUUUAUCGACGGCCAGGAGGUGGGGGCAGGCACUGUGGCAGCAGGCUGGCAGAACUUCAUCACCUGCAUCGAGAUGUUCUUCGCUGCUAUCGCCCUGCGCUACGCCUUCAUGCACGUGUACCAGGAGAAGAAGAACGAUCUACCAGGGACACACGACAACAUCGCCCCCAUGCAGAGCAUCUCCAGUGGUCUGAAGGAGACGAUGAACCCUGGGGACAUGGUCCAGGAUGCCAUCCACAACUUCUCCCCAGCCUACCAGCAGUACACCCAGCAGUCCACCCAGGAGGUGGUACAGCCCAGCCAGAACAACGGCAAGGCAGGCACAGGCGGCAGCAGCAAGAGCUCCAAGAAAUCUGACAAAGUCCUGCUGAUUAUCUCUGAUGACGAAUUCUAAGGAGUCGCCCACCACCACGAGUAUCCAUGUCUUUGUUUCCUCACCACACCCAGGACAAUACUGGCACCACAUAUCCCACUGUCAGACCUGGCAUCCGUCUGUGUGGUUCAUUUUCAUCUUCUUUCAUUUCAUUUCUUAAGAUGAAAUCUUUACUUUAGUCCUGGUUUUAAAGUAACUGUCCAGUGUUUCUAUGAAAUAUGAUCUAUAUAUAAUUCAUUACAAAAUUUGUGAAAGUUUUCCUUCCAAAAAUGUUUAUGUAUGCAGUUUUUCUGUGUUGGAAUGGUGUCGGCGUACCCCAACAAUAGAAUGGCGAGGUAAAAAUAUGAAUGUGAGUAGAUAGCUGAUUGGCCAGCUGAGGAGGAUGACAUCAUCUAUGAAAUAGCAAGCAUGUUUUAAACGGUCUGUUUGAAAUAGAAGUUUGAGGUAAGAUUUUUGAAGUGUUUUUCUCCAGUUGAUGCUUUCGACACAAUAUUAUUUGGGUACGAAUUAAGAGAGUACCGGUAUGAACUUUUAAAAGUGAGAUUAUCACUGGACAGUUAAUUUAAUGAAUAAUUAUUGCAGGAAAGAUCAAGAAGGGGACCGAAUGAAGAUUUGAAUAACCUUAUGAGAUGCCUUUUGUUUCUGCCUUGCUAGUCAUGAUACUAUGGGAAAAUAGCCUGUCUGCUGAGCCGUUUCAUUUACAUACAUUACAUUUAAGUCAUUUAGCAGACGCUCUUAUCCAGAGCGACUUACAAAUUGGUGCUUUCACCUUAUGACAUCCAGUGGAAUAGCCACUUUACAAUAGUGCAUCUAAGUCUUUUAAGUGGGGGGGGGGAGAAGGAUUACUUUAUCCUAUCCUAGGUAUUCCUUAAAGAGGUGGGGUUUCAGGUGACAUGGCAGGUAGUGAUGCAAUUUUAUUUUGGUCUUUUCCCUGAUCCUGGUUCGGUCUCUAUCGUAGCAGUGACUGAGCUCUACUCUGGCCGCUGAAGUAUGUACUCCAGUCUCUCUGAUUCAUGGGAGUUUCAAAUAGGAGCUGAUUAAUGUACGACUUCAGGAGGGAACCCAGGAAUCGUGCCCGUCAUGGCUGGCUCUGACACUUCAAGGACCAUCUCUUGCAUUUGCGUGUUUGAAGUAUUUGCUCAGCAGUCCUCUGUUGGGUCUCCUGACGAACUGAAUGAUUUUUUCAAAGACACAACUGACUUUGGAGCAGGAACUUCAAACUCUAGACUUUGGCGCUUUGAAAUCCUUUGUAUCUAACAUGCCACAGACAAAUUGGAGGAUAAGGCCGACUCCCACUAACUUGGAGGGUUGUGGUAUUCUCAUUAAUUUUCUCAGCAUGGAUUUCAGUGUAUAAUUCAGCAGAGCUCUACAAUGUUAACCCUAAAAAAACAUUUGCAGUAUUGUAAAUAGUUUGAGUAGAACCUUUAUAGUUUCUGAGGUUCGUAUUAUUGUUCCUUUCAAUUCACUGAAGAUAACAUUUGUACAGCAAUUGUUUGAUUGGUUUAAAUGUUAAAUUAUGCAGUGUACUUUGGUCUCAAUGUUUAAUUUUUAAGACAUGUUUGCUGUUAUGUUUACCUUAAUGACAAAGUUUGAUAAAUUGCUAUAUUGUAAAUAAGCUAUGUAGUAUUAACAAUGUGUUUUCAGUGAUUUCUGCAGAUCAGUUUGAUAUUUCAUGAUAUUUAAGUUGGUUUCAUGUCAUUAGAAAAUAUAUAUAUUUUGUUUCUGUUUGUGGCAAAUUGUGAUAGAGGGACACCAUCUACCCUAUAAUUUUGAACUGUGUUUAAGUUAUGGAAAUUAUGUGCAAUGUAAUCACUUUUUCCAUACCCUCAUGUGCCAAUUAUUGCUGCCUUACUGGGAAAGCAGAAACAGAUGUAGAGUUGGAUAUAAAGUGAUCACUGAGAUGUAGUGUAACUAUAGUGUCUAUUACUGAAUUCUGGUUUAUUUGGUUGUCACAUUUUUGCACUCAGGUAAAAAUAAACGAUUAAAGAGAUGUUCCGGGA